CAAGCCCCUCCGCCCCACGAGGCUAGUCGACGCUUCGGGCCCCGGACCAAUGAUUUACAGAGAAUCCUCAACACUAAACUCUGUGACGAUCCUUGUAGGUUUGCCUGAUUUAUGGUUACUUUGAAUGCGGGACGCUGGACCCUGAAUUGCGAAGGGGCCAUGCCUGAAAGCUAAUUGCGAGUUGCAUACACGAGCAGAGGACCGAGCAUCUGUAUCAUAAUUACCGGCUUCACGGUCCUCUCGGAAGUCCCGAAUGACUACAUGUAUUUACCCAAUUGGGCAAUAGAGCAACAUCUUCACCAUGUUUGCUCUUCACCCUGGACAGUCGGAACGGAGACCGAGGUAUCGAGGUAUGGGUGGGUUUGCCGUCUAUGUACAGCUUCUUAUUAUCUGAGCAAGAGUAGAGCCAGCUGUGUUCGAAGAAGUUUGUCAAUUUUGUGGCAAUACUCUCAUUCAAUCUUUCUAAGCGUCAAGAUCACAUCAACGGUCUUUAUUGUGAACUACCCAUUUUGUUGACCUAGCGAUACCCAACAUGCGAAUGCGCACGUGGCUGUUCGGCCUGCUGCUGCUAUGUCUUUGCCUAGCAGUAGCGGCGCAGGACGACACUACAUGCAGCGCAACCAAACGCUGUAAGAAUGGCUGCUGUAACAAAUCCGGCAACUGUGGCUUCGGCCCCGAUUAUUGCGGAACCAACUGUCAAUCGGACUGUGAUCGCAAGUCGGAGUGCAAUCCUGGAUUCGGCUCUAAAUGGGCUGAAAACGACAAAUGCCCUCUCAAUGUCUGUUGCUCCAAGCACGGAUAUUGUGGGACUACCAAAGACUUCUGCGGUUCGAAAAAGGUCAAGAAGCCCAGUUGCAGCAAGACUGGCGAUGUCUCUCGAGUUAUUGGAUACUUUGAGGGAUGGGCGAAAGCCCGUCCCUGCGAAGCCUUCUCCCCCGAGCAGAUUCCGAUCGGACUAUACACGCACAUCAACUUCGCUUUCGCUACCAUCGAUCCCAAGACCUUCGAGAUAAAGCCAGACAAAGAAUCCGACAUCCGAAUGUAUAAGCGUCUUACUGACCUCAAGAGACGGGAUCCUGAACUCAAGGUCUAUAUCGCAGUUGGUGGCUGGACCUUCAAUGACCCAGGUCCAACCGCGUCUACGUUUUCCGACCUUGCGGCUUCUCUUCCUCGUCAAAGAGCCUUUAUGAAGUCUCUUGUGUCGUUUAUGAGUACCUACGGGUUCGAUGGCCUGGACUUGGACUGGGAAUACCCUGUCGACACAGACAGAGGCGGUCGGGCCGUUGACUUUGCCAAUUUUCCCAAGUUCAUGGAGAGGCUCAAGAGCAUGAUGGACGCCGCCGACAAAGGUCUCAGUAUCACGCUGCCUGCCUCAUAUUGGUAUCUGAGACAGUUCGACAUCAAGAAACUGGAAAAAACGGUUGACUUCUUCAACAUAAUGUCCUACGACUUGCACGGUGCCUGGGACCAAGGCAAAAACUACACCCAGCCCUUUCUCAAUGCUCACAGCAACCUUACGGAGAUUGACCUCGCUCUCGAUCUGCUUUGGCGCAACAACAUUCAGUCUGACAAGGUCGUCCUUGGCAUGGGCUUCUACGGUCGCGCUUUCUCGGUUCAGACUGGAACCUGUACCAAACCCGGUUGCUUGUUUAAAGCAGCGGGUAAGGCUGGGGACUGUAGUCGCGAGAAGGGCAUCCUAUUGAACUCUGAAAUUGUCACUACUAUCAAGAAGUACAAUAUCAAGCCCGAGUUCUACAAGGAGGAGGCUGUCAAAGUUGCCAAAUGGGGUAACCAAUGGGUUUCCUACGAUGACGAGGACACCUUCAAACUCAAGACAGACUAUGCAAAAUCUCGAUGUCUUGGAGGUGUCAUGGUAUGGGCCAUAUCGCAUGACACCAAAGAGGCGAGAUUUAACAAAGCGCUGGCCUUGUCACUGAACCGCAAAACCACAUCGGGCGAGUUCGACGAGAACGAGAAGGCAUACGACAUCAAGAAGAUUCCCAACGAGCAAUGUCGCUGGACCAAUUGCAAGGAGGGAUGUCGCAAGGGCUGGGUGGCUGUCCCCCGCAGCGACUCAGGUGCGCGCAAGAACGAGAUCAUGUUCGACGAGACUGGCUGCGGCGGCGACGGAGGCCAUACCUUCUGCUGCCCUGCAGGAGAUACAAAGAUCCCCACGUGCGGCUGGUACGGGCAUAACAAUGGCCGUUGCCCAACUCGCAGCGAGUGUCCAAGCGACAUGACGGAGAUUGCCUCGAACGAGAUUUACUGCAAGAAGAAGGGCUCGAAGAAGCAGAACUUCCAAACGGCCUGCUGUAAGACCGAUGUCGUGGGUACAAAGGUCUACGGCACUUGCGAAUGGGGUCAGUAUCCGAAGUGCGAUGCUCAGGAAGGCUGCCCCAAUCCUCUCGGCAACAAGAAGAUGGGCUCUCUGUUGGCCUACUCGGCAUCUGGAUCUGGGGGUGGCAACUGCGACGACGCGAAGAACGAACUCGGUCUCAAUGUCCCUGGUGUGCAGUACCGUAAGUUCUGCUGUAACGACAGCGACAAGAACCUUCGCUUCACAGAUUGCCAGAAGUUCAGGAAUGUUGGGCCAGAACCUGAGGUCAUGCCUAGAGGUUUCUGUCGCAGUGGUUGUCCUCCCGAUCGUAUCCAGGUUGCUAUUGACACCCAGGUCGAUACUUGUGCUAUCGCAGGGGUUGGGGGAAUGGCUCAUUGCUGCAAGACAGACUAUGCCGAGAUUUUCGAGGUAGAGAACCCCAAGAUCGACGCAUUUGAGAACGACGUCAAAGCAUGGAUCAAGAAUCCAACUUGUCCAAAAGACGACGGUGGUCUUUUCAAGCGCUUUGAUCCGACAAACGACCUUGCGAUUAACUCAUCGAUCUCCAUGAAUUUAUCCCCAAGGGCUAAAGAAAUGGAAGAUUCGUAUGACGUGGUUAUAUUGCUGGCCCGACUCAUCGCUGGCAUGAUCUCCAAAGAGGUGGCGGAAGCACUCACACCGAAAUGGAAUCUUGUUGUGGAGGAAGAAUACCCGAAUUUGGUUGUAGAGACCCUCCAGAAAGCGAAGAAGGAGGUGCCCGAGUGGGAGGAUGAGGACGCCGAAGUCAUGUCGCGCGUCACUAUAUGCGAUCCUAAACGGGCCAACGCCAGGAUCGCCGCCAUUUUGGGCAAGGGUAGUGAUGGAAGGACGUUGGCAUUCAACUGUACAAACACCAUAUGUCAGAACGGCGUUUGCGAGCCUGGUACCCCCGAGGCAGCCAGGAGGCGUCGUGGCCUAUCAAUGAGUAGGGCCUCACAUUCAGUUGCACACCUCCAUUACCACUUGCAUGCUCGACAAGCAGGUGCAGAGCAUAAUGAGGUGCCUAUGAGGGACAGAGGCGGGGAUCAAGGGUUGAUCGAAUACGAGGUUCCCGCUCAUGAUGAGCCAAAGAAAUUGGUUUUGAGGAAUCCGGAUGCCCAGGUGGUCGACUUUGCCAACGAGGCAGAUUGUCACGAGACCAGGCUAUGGUAUACAACAUGGUCUGUCUCGUUGGAGGGAUUGGGCUUUCAGACCGAGCAUUUGAUUGACAAAGUCAUCUUGAAGCGGUUCUUUUCAGACGCUGGUUUUGCGGUAUUACGAAGUGGGGCCCAGUCUCAGUACCAUGGGAUUCCUGUAAGGUUUUUCGAAGAGGCGCUACGACUUGGGAGACUGCGUGGCAGAUUUCCCCAUAUUUCUGGACGCGACGAUGCGUUUGAUGAUCAGAAUCUGUUGACUCGCGUGUUCGAGUGUCUUGGCAGUCGGGACAACUUUCGAAACUUCGUCAUCGUCGUAGGACCCAUCAACGCUAUAAAGGGCAGGGUUAUGAAACUCAAUGCCCCUAUCCAGCUGAGUGAACUCGAUACCUAUGAUACAGACGGCCUGAUGUCCCAUAUUCGGACGGUCAUUACAGUGUUUGAGUAUAUGGGUUCUGAAGAACGAGACGAGAACGGCAAGACAGUUGAGGAUAAGAUCAACAACAUUGUUAAGAACAUUGUAAAACAGUUAGUCUAUGCGCAAGAUCUUUGGGAUGAGGAGCACCCUGGUCGCCCUGUCCCAGCGGCUAGGUUUUUUGUGGAGUGGCUACAAGACUACUUCGAGGAGGCAGGAACACGUGCAAGAGCGUGGAUUCAACGGGCCAUCACUAUACUUAGAAACAGGCAGAGGCAGGCUUCUGGUGCCAGAGCUGAGGAGAUCAGGCUAGCGAUUGCUUCCUUUGAGAGUCAGUUAUCCACCGUGCGUAUUGGAACGGAGUGGGACAUCGAUUGGAGGGAUGAUGAUGACGAAAUGGAUACCAGCUCAGGCUGAGAGCUAUCGUGUUGAGAUUGAUCUUCUGUAUUGAUCUGAUUUAGAAAGGAUGUAGAAUUCAAAUGCAGCUGUUCGAUAUCUAAGCCAAUUCCAGCUAAUAAUCAAUCCUGAACUGAGAAAAUGUAGACCUAAUUUCUGGAUAUGCAGUUCGAGCUUCGGAACAGCCGUGAGUUGGGUA